AGAAAAUCCGCUUUCAAAUACCUUCUUUGGCCUCCACAAGUAUAUACUGGUGGCUCCAGAAAUCAUCUGACUUGCUUCUUGGGAGUUACUGAUUGUCUUCUGUGAAGAAACAUGAAGUCACACUGUGUUGUUAUGCUUGCUGUAGCCAUCUCAAUGUUCCUGAUGUGGCUCCCUGUGUCACUGAGCUGUAAUAAAGCACUCUGUGCUAGUGAUGUGAGCAAAUGCCUCAUUCAGGAGCUCUGCCAGUGCCGACCCGGCGAAGGGAAUUGUUCCUGCUGUAAGGAGUGUAUGCUGUGUCUCGGGGCCCUUUGGGACGAGUGCUGUGAUUGUGUUGGAAUGUGUAAUCCUCGAAAUUACAGUGACACACCUCCAACUUCAAAGAGCACAGUGGAGGAGCUGCACGAGCCCAUCCCCUCUCUCUUCCGGGCACUGACAGAGGGAGACACCCAGCUGAACUGGAACAUUGUUUCCUUCCCUGUUGCAGAAGAACUUUCACAUCAUGAGAACCUGGUUUCAUUUUUAGAAACUGUGAACCAGCCACACCACCAAAAUGUGUCUGUUCCCAGCAAUAAUGUUCACGCGCCUUAUUCCAGUGACAAAGAACACAUGUGUACUGUGGUUUAUUUCGAUGACUGCAUGUCCAUACAUCAGUGUAAGAUAUCCUGUGAGUCCAUGGGGGCAUCCAAAUAUCGCUGGUUUCACAAUGCCUGCUGUGAGUGCAUUGGUCCAGAAUGUAUUGACUAUGGUAGUAAAACUGUCAAAUGUAUGAACUGCAUGUUCUAAAAAGGAAAAGAAAUGCAAACCAAAGCAAUUUAGUCAAAAAGAAAGGUAUGAAAAGCUAUUCUGUGCGUCUUCUUGUUGUAUCAUAAUGCCAGCAAGUUAAGAAGAUGUAAAGAAUUUGGAAUGAGUUACUUUUAAAGUAUGACAUAUCCAGUAAUGUGUUAAAUUAUAUGAUUAUAAUUGCUCUUACUAACUUCAUUGCCCACUAGCAAAAAGCCCUUUCGUGUGACUACAUGUACAACUUUGGUCAUAUGAGAAGCAGGUACACACAGAAUUCCCUGAAUGAUCUGAGGCUUUUAACUAAAGCCUGAUGUUUUUUUCUUCUAGCAUUUCAAAAGCUUUUUGUUUUCAAAGUAUUAGCAGAAGAAUGUUAACGUAAAUUAUGAUUUCUUCGUGUGCUACUCCUGAGACACUGAGUUUUCAUAGUCGUAUGUCAUUCUUCACUGUGCCUUGUACUGUUCAUCUGUUUUAUAAAUAGGGUAGAUAUUCAGAUGUGUCUCUGAAAACUCACAUAGAAAUCACCAUAAGUAGCUUAAAUUUUAUAGCUUUUUAUGUAUAAAAGCAUUUAGAAAGUAAAUGUUUUCUAAAUUCUAUAAUUGAAAAUUCUUACAUCUGAAAAUCCAUCCUAUAAUAUGCUAACAAAGCUUUAGGGAAAGUUUCUUGUUCUCUUCUAUUCCACCUGCCCAAAGUACUGACAUAGGUAGUGAUGAAGAAUUUUUACCACAAAUUUCAGGGCACACCUAUGAAACUGCAUUAAAUACACUGCUGGGGUAAAUAGUUAGCAAGAUAAAGCAUUUCUGUGACUUAAGGUACCAGCUUAGAGAGCACUAGGGUUGGGGAACAGCUGCCUGUCAGACUCCACUUACAGCACCAGCUUGUUCCUGCAGUGAAACGGCAUAGCUGAAGGGUAAGGCUGUACUCCAAGCGAGAAUGAGCCUGCUCAGUCUCAGCCGGGACAGGUGAGUGAUCGAUCGAUCGGAGGGGAAUUGAAGAAGAGAAUUUAUGGGUAUGACCAGGGAAGGCUGAAAUGCUGGGAAUGAUGGGAAACAACUUUAAAACUAUUCACACUCAUUAUUUUUGUUAUUUUGUAAUCUUUCAUUUAAGUUUAUAUCUGGACCUCAUGUUCCUACUAAAUGAGCAUAAUCAUAUUAUGAGAGGUUAAGAUUAUGAAAUUUAAAAAAAGAACCUCUGUUCAAAAU